AUGUGCUUAAGGCUUUUGAAUGCAGUGUUCCUUGGCAUAGCAUUUCUUGGGAUUGGAUUGUGGGCAUGGAAUGAAAAGGGAGUGCUGUCCAAUAUCUCCUCCAUCACGGACCUGGGAGGCUUUGAUCCCGUUUGGCUCUUCCUAGUGGUGGGAGGAGUUAUGUUCAUUCUGGGAUUUGCRGGAUGCAUUGGAGCCUUGCGAGAAAAUACCUUUCUGCUCAAGUUUUUUUCAGUGUUCCUUGGAAUUAUUUUCUUCCUGGAGCUCACGGCUGGUGUGCUAGCAUUUGUUUUCAAAGACUGGAUCAAGGACCAACUGUAUUUCUUCAUAAACAACAACAUCAGAGCUUACCGAGAUGACAUUGAUUUGCAAAACCUCAUAGACUUUACACAGGAGUAUUGGCAGUGCUGCGGGGCUUUUGGAGCUGAUGACUGGAACCUCAAUAUUUACUUCAACUGCACCGAUUCCAACGCCAGCCGYGAGCGCUGCGGGGUGCCCUUCUCUUGCUGCACUAAGGACCCUGCCGAAGAUGUUAUUAACACUCAGUGUGGCUACGAUGCAAGGCAAAAACCAGAAGUCGAUCAGCAGAUUGUCAUCUACACGAAGGGCUGCGUGCCACAGUUUGAGAAGUGGCUGCAGGACAAUCUCACCAUAGUCGCCGGUAUCUUCAUCGGGAUAGCGCUGCUGCAGAUAUUUGGGAUAUGCUUAGCCCAGAAUUUGGUUAGUGACAUUGAGGCUGUCAGAGCCAGCUGGUAAAACUGCUGAAAUAACCACACAACAAGACACUGGACAACUGAAACCCUCUGAAACCUCCAGUGUGUCGCUCCGACACCAAGCUGUAUGGACAUGGGUGACAGGGAAGUCUUCUCUCCCAAGCAGUCUCAACUCAAGUUGCUGAUGCUGCAGUGAACUCGUGUUUCUUUGGCGGGCUGGGGGAGAGAAGAGUGKGCUGUCUUAAAAUCUGCUGCUCACUGGCAACUAACUUUGUUUCAAACCACCGUUUUGAAAGCUGUUGAGCUGUGAAUCUCUACUGUAUUCUUGAUCCUGAGUAACAUGUGGACACUUCUUAAAAUUGGUGUAUUCAGUGGGACAGAGUUGCAUUGUAGUUUGUGGAUAUGCUGUUUGUUCUGUGUGUCAUGAGCUCCUGAUAGCUGCCAAAUAUUCCUGAGAUGGUCUCGCUGUUCACCACUCUGUGAAGGAACAAUCUUGUUUCCGCAACUCAAGAUAGCUACUGGCCUACACUCAUUAAGCAGAAAGCAACUUUCUAUGCACCUAUUGUACAGUAAAUGAAAUUGUUUUUAAAACAAGGGAAAACUUUUUUUACACAGGCUUCCAACCGUCUCUCCGUAGUGCUUUGAGGUUGGAUUCGGCAGACUGGCAGGGAGAACGGCCUCCUUUUCUCAACACCUUUCUUCCUUUCUCCACCCUUGUACUGAAGGGCAAGAAGUUUUAUAUUUGACAAGCAAGGGUUUUGCAGAGCCUUUGGUCAUUGCCGUGCCAUAGGGCAUCAGCCUCUGAAGGCAAAAAUGGGAUAUAACUGUAUAAAAUGUAUGAAAACAGUGUGGGUGUUGGUCCAAGUGAAUGAUGUUCUUCAAAGAAUGAACUAUAUAUUAACAAAAACAAAACAUAUGUAUCUGGUAUGGCUAARUCUUUGAUUUCUCUGGAAUUAGUGUGACCUGAUGUAUUUGGGGAUCUCACUAAGAUGAGGAUUUUGCUCUACUUGUGCAAAACGUCUCUAAAGGUGUUUCCUUGGUCUGCUCCUAGCUGAUGCUUUGGUCUUUCUUUUUUCUUUUUUUCUUUUCCCCUCCUUCAAYUUGUUUUUACUUGCAUGAGCUGUAAGAGUCUGUGACACUCCAGUGCUUUAAAUUUGUGCAUAUGUUUUAAUAACAGUCUAAUUCAAAAUUAUUUAUUGGUAAGUGCAUGAGAUAAUGGAAAGAUCAUAUCCCCUUCCCUUGGAAGUUGGAGAGGGAGAAUAGCUUUUGGCAGAGUAAGUGAUGACCUUGGGUGAAAAUAUCCUUGCUAAAUGUGUGUCUCCCUUUGGCUGCUCUGAAUGCAACAAAAAGCUUUCUCGAGGCAAUGAAAUAAAAGAUUUAAACCAGAUGUUUGGAUCAGGACCAACCAAGGCAYGUGCCCUUCUGAAUUGGACAAAAGAUGGUAGAAUUUGUAAUAAAGCACAAACAGCGGAAGAAGAAUUAGAUCAGACUCCAUCCAGCUUAGAGUUUGCRAUCUUUCUUCUUUACCAAGAAUGGACGUAGGCACCUAACCGUGGCCUGGCUAGUUCUAUUGCACUUUGUAUGAAUUUUGCUUGUCGUAGGACCCUCCUCGGUGCGUGUUGAGCCAGGCCUGCGCCUGGGCAGCGCGGGAAGGGUGCGCGGCACCCUGCGCGAGGAGAAGGCCUUAGCGGGACCGGCCUCCGUGGGCAACGGAUGCAGAGCCCA